CAUUCUCUUCAGUUUCAGUCAUGCAGUGAACGUCGAUAAUCAAAAUUGUCGCUAAUUCUGUGUUUGUGUGAGCUUGAAAAUUUUCAAGGGAAAUAAAUAAAUAUUAUUUAAACAAAAAAAAAGAAAAUAAAAAACUAUCGUUUAUAAUAAAAAUAAUUAAUUAAUAAUAAACGAAUGACGAAGAUACGAUGCGUCGAUUUCGAGGAGUUCUCACCGGGUUGAUUGGUUGUCUUACAGUUGCAUUCAUUGUCUUCAGUACUCGAUCUCUCACUGAUGAUCAGGAUCUUUUUGAUAAGGAAUCCAAGGACACAUCGACGAAUACAAUUGAUGUUUAUGCAAAUCAACCCAAAGAACAAAUUGCUAAAAAUAAGCAGACACAAAAGCACGUUACACCAUCACUUGCAGAAUUAGGUGGGCGAGGGACUUUACCGGAAAUGAAUGACCAUGUACUGAUGGUGACACGAAUUCCUGGCGCUGGAUCCGAGUUAUUGGUUCUCAUUUUGCAACGCCUUCAAGGAUAUAAUGCAUUCAAACAUAUUCGUUUGCCUCCAGGUGACGAUGGAAUUCUUACCAAUUUACAACAGGAAUUACUUGUUGAAGAAAUAACAAGUAUCAUCAAGCAGGAAGCUGUUCCAUUGAGUUUUGAUGGUGAUGUUCGUUUUUUGAAUUUUUCAUCAUUCGACAGACAGGCACCAACUUUUAUUUCUUUAGUCAGAGAUCCAUUGGAUCCCAGAACAUUAGAUAGAUUUAGAAACGGAGAUUCAUCAAUGAUAUACAGUGGAUCAGUGGCGCAUUUUUGUGGUCAAGAUAUUCGUUGCACUCAAAGAAAUAGCAAAUGGGCUCUAGAACGUGCCAAGGCCAAUGCAAUAAGAUGGUAUCCUGUUAUUGGCAUCUUGGAUCUUAUGGAUGAAACAUUACAAGUUCUAGAAUCAUCUUUCCCACAAUUUUUUGAGGGUGCUAAACUAGUCUACAAAAACUUGAGACCAAAAAAUAUUUCGUCAGAAGCGACGUCAUUAAAGAACACGGUAAAAAAGCGACUUGGCAAGAUAUUAGCAAAAGAGGUGGAAUUUUAUGAGUGGCUGAAAUCACGUCUAUUAAAGAAAACAUCUUCUAAUGGAUGAGAGAAUUUUUUUGAAAGGCAAAAUCAAGGAAUUCACUUUGAUUAUUCCUGAAAGAAUAAUGAACUAAUAACUGUUUUUCUACAAAAAUGUGGAUCAAAAACGAUUAUUUUAAUUUAUCGAAAAAAAAACAUGGCGCACAUUUUGUGUAGGAGAAAAGCGAAGCCAAAGUAUAUUUGUUUUAAUGAAAUAAAAAUAGUUUAAAUUAUUUAAAUAAUAAAUUAGAAAUUAAAUUAAUGAAUAGUAAUUAAAAAGUAAUAAAAAUUAAUUACAAUUACAAUUCUUAAGCAACUUUGACUAAAGGCACAAAAAAUCUUAUUUAUAUUUAAUUAAAAUUUUUUUUAACAAUUUACGUAUGUAAUAAUAAAUGAAAUUGUGCCAUAAAUUGAAAUUACAUUCUUCGAACGAUUUUGAAUUGUACAAAUAAAGCAACAAUGUUUAAUUUUACCGAUUCUUGCCAAAUUUAUCUUAUUAAUGAAUCAAAAGUGUAGAUCCAAAAUUUUGUAAUAAAUAAUUAAUUCUUAAAUAUUUUCUUUUAAAUUUCCUAAUUAACACAAAAUUAUUUUUAUGAUUCUUAAAUUAUCGACAGAAUAUUAAAAAAAUUUCUGUCUCAGCUUUCAAAAGUAAUUGAUAAUUCUAUUUUACUUAUAAAUUAUUAUUAAACUUUCAUUUAUAAUUAAAUUAUAAAUUAAAAUAUUACUUUCAGUAAACAAUUAAAUUAUAAACUGAAAUAAUUUUUAAAAAAUAAUUCUAAAAAUUCUGCAAAAUAAUUCCUUUUUAAAAAUUGUAAAUAUUAGUAAAAAUUUAUCAAAUUCAAAACAGCUGCGAACAUUCGAACGAAAAUAAAUUCGUUUAAGCGAAUUAAAAUCCGAAACUCUGUUUAUUUAGUCAGUCAAUCUAUAUUCAACUCAGUGUAAAAUAAAUACAGAAGAGUAUAAUAAUAGAAAUAUUUUAGAUUUCCAUCUUCAUUAAAAAAAAAAAAAUGGAAAUCAAUUCACUUCAUUUCUCUCUGUCUCUCUGUCUCAUUCAUGAUCUAUAACUAUCGCCUACAAGCUUUGUAAUAGAAUAUUAAAAAAAAAAAAAGAAAUUUUCAUAAAAGUUAAUUAUUUAUAUACACUCACUCACUGAAAGCGAUGCUCAUACUAUUUGUGUAGAUAUUUUCUUCAUCGUCGUCGUAUUCUUCUUUUUCAUUUUAUUCUUCUUCUUUAUUAAGAAAUAAUUGAUUCAGUUAUUAAAACAAAAACA